AUGGGGAAAGAAGUAGACAAGGAAGAGGAGAGAAAAGAAGCAGCGAUAGCAUCAACAGCAGUUUUACAGCCCAAUUUCAAGCCCAGAGGCAUAACCCAAGACCAGCUCUCCAAGUUUCAGGAGCUGCACAGGAAGCGUUUACAGAUAAAGUCAAAAUCAAAGUUUGAAAAGAAACCAAAAGCUGGUACUGGAAAAUCUCACCGCAAGAACCACAAUCCAAGAGACUCGACAAAUGAAGAUUCAAGCGUAAGUGUUGAAGAUUCAGCUGUUCCUAACUCUGAGAGCCACGAUAAUGGAAGCAGUUCUUUACCACAGCAAGAGGAUGCACCAAAGAAGCGCCAGAAGUUACAUUGGGGGCUCGACACAAAGGAACGUUGGGAAAGGAAAGCAAACAUGUAG